AUGCCCGCCAAGAUCAGCAUCAACGACGUGGAUGUCGCUGGAAAGCGAGUCUUCAUGAGGGUGGACUUCAACGUGCCCCAGGACAAGGCCGACCCCACCAAGAUCACGAACACUCAGCGCAUUGAUGGGGCCCUGCCGACCAUCAAGAAGGUGCUGGAGAAGGGCGCCAAGUCUGUGGUCCUGGCCUCGCAUCUGGGCCGCCCCGAUGGCUCCGUCGUUUCCAAGUACUCCCUGGCGCCGGUGGCCAAGAUCUUGGAGGAAAAGCUUGGUAAGCCAGUCACUUUCUGCACUGACUGCGUCGGGGCCGAGGUGGAGGCCACCUGCGCAGACCCCGCAGCUGGCAGCGUCAUCCUGCUCGAGAACCUUCGGUUUCAUGUCGAGGAGGAGGGCAAGGGAGUUGACCCCGAGGGCAACAAGAUCAAGGCCGACAAGGAGAAGGUCGCUGCCUUCCGGGCAUCCAUCAGGAAACUUGCGGACAUCUACUGCAACGACGCCUUCGGUACAGCCCAUCGAGCUCACAGCUCCAUGGUGGGAGAAGGCUUCGAGGUGAAGUGCGCAGGUGACCUUAUGGGCAAGGAGUUGGAGGCCUUUGCCAAGGUUCUCGACAACCCUGCCAAGCCAGUGUUGGCCAUUCUGGGUGGGGCGAAGGUCAGCGACAAAAUCCAGCUGAUCAUGAACAUGCUUGACAAGGUGAACAAGAUGAUCAUUGGCGGCGGCAUGGCCUAUACAUUCCUGAAGGUCAAGGACAGCAUGGCCAUCGGAACCUCCCUGUAUGACGAGGAAGGUGCCAAGAUCGUCCCUGAGAUCCUGGCAAAGGCAGAGAAGCUCGGAGUGGAGAUCAUCCUCCCCGUUGACUUCACAUGCUCCUCCAAGUUUGGCGAGGAUGGUGACAUCAAGGAAGGUGUGACGAAGGAAGAGGGCAUUCCGGAUGGCUUCAUGGGCCUGGACUGCGGCCCUAAGUCGGUCGAGCUGAACGCCAAGGCCGUGGCAGAAUCCAAGACCAUCAUCUGGAACGGCCCCAUGGGCGUCUUCGAGAUGUCCAAGUUCGAGAUUGGCACCAAGAAACUGAUGGACGCCGUCGUCGAGGCGACAGCCGCCGGCGUUAUCACAGUCAUUGGCGGUGGCGACACUGCGACAGCCUGCAAAAAGUACGGUACUGAAGACAAGGUCACCCACUGCAGCACCGGUGGUGGUGCUUCCCUCGAGCUCCUGGAGGGCAAGGAGCUUCCAGGUGUUGCAGCCUUGAACAACAAGUAG